AUGACCUCCACUCUCUCUGCCCUGCUGAGCCUCGCUCUCCCUUCUGGCUCUAGUCCCCAAGGCUUCCCUCCCCUUGACGUGUUUGGUAGGGAGGAUGUGGGUUCUGGGGCUAAUAGUCCUUUCUCACAGCACUGUGCCUUUGCCUGGGGAUGGGAGAUAAAGGUGAGUACGUCCCCUCAACCUUGGCCCCUCCCUUGUUCCUCCUCCUCCUCCUGGCCCAGCCCCCCCCAUCACACCCCCCAGCCCCUGGGGGCCAAGGGCAGGAGGGCCUGGUUGGGCCAGUGGAGGGAGGGGAGAGAGAGGGGACAGCAGGGAGGAAUAACCUCUUGGAUUGGCCCAACUUCUCUUCCAGGUACAUUCACCGGACCCUCCCUCUGGGCUGAGCCAGGCUCUCUGGCCCCCCUGGGAACAAACGUGACCCUCUGGUGCCGGGGUCCUGCUGGGGCAGAGCACUAUCUCCUGCCCAGACUAGGGAACUCCGAGUGCAGGACCCCAUCCUGGCCUGGGAAAAAGGUAAAGUUCCCUAUCUCGUCUGUGGAGAUGGAAGAUGCCGGGCCCUACUGCUGCCAGUAUUGGAGCCAAUCCCGCUGGUCCCAGUGCAGUCACCCCCUGGAGCUGGUGGUGACAGGCAUUCAUGAGAAACCAACCCUCCUUGCCCUACCCAGCUCCUCCGUGGGCCGGGGGGAGGACGUGACCUUCAAGUGUCAGGACAGAUCCAGGCUCGACAGGUUUGCUUUGUACAAGGAGGGAGAAGCCAAGACCCCCAUGAGCUAUGAAUGGAGGCCUCAGGCUACCUUCCCCAUCCCUGCUGUGACCGCAGCCCAUGGGGGAACCUAUCGAUGUUACGGCUUCUCCAGCGACUCCCCCUACCACUGGUCGGCUCCCAGUGACCCACUGAAGCUUGUUGUCACAGAAACCUCUUCAAGACCUGGAACUCAGGACGACCCCUUUGUAGCUUCCUCAAAUCUCCCGAGGCUCUGGGAAGGGAUCCUGACGGGCAUCUCACUACUCAUCGCCGUGUUCUUCCUCCUCCUUGGCUACUACAAGCAUCUGGCCAGACUCAAGACCAAGGGCAGAGAGGCAGACGGCAGGGAGACCCCGAAGAGCUGCAGGCCAGCCGGGGCCAUGCAGGAACAGAUCCUGUACACAGCUGUGAAGAACAGCAGACAGAACCGAGCAGAAGACCCUGCUGCUGAAGACUUCCAGGAAGUGGCCUACGCCCAACUUGCCCUGGAGAGCAGAGCCAGCCCUGCCUGGGCUCCUCCCCAUCCCCUACACCCCACGGGUCAUCCAGUAAACUGAGCCCAGCCCAGAGGAGGGACAGGAGAGAAGGAAGUAGCUCUCCUGACUUUCACCUCAGCUUCCCAUGAGCAGGCCCCAAACUAAAACGGGGGAAGCUUGGGAGACCUGACCCUGACA